UUCAAAAAUUUGGCUAACAAUAUUUUUAAGGUUUAUUUCUACACAUGCAUGACAAGAAAUUUUCAGUACAUAAAAAUUAUUGACAAAGUAACAACAAUUCAUAUAGAGAAAUGUUGGAUGUCUAAAAAGAAGGUGUUAUUAGAGUUGAGAUGGCUGAUGGUAGUAAUGAUUCUGAUUCUUCAAAAGAAAGUGGAGAUGAGACUUCCACAGACAAAUUAGUUUCAAUGCCGACUGAAACUGAAGUUAGCAGACCGGUCAUAAUGAAAACCGAGGUUUACACACUCCCAGCGUCAAACCUUUACAUUCCAAUUCAGAAACCUGUAUUUACCUAUAAAAUUGACGGAAAGAAAAUGAAACUAAUGUGUGGAAUUGAAACAGAGUAUGUUGCACAAAAUAAUAUGGCUGAAGCACUGGAACGCCAAUGUAGUGCAGUUGAUGAACUUUUCACACUUAGUUUUUUCAAUAUCUCAGAAGUAAUUACUUCUCAGCAAGAAGAAAUGGAAACGUCACAAAAAACGUCAGUUGUGAUUAAAGAAAUAUUCUCAUCUUCGGAAGAUGGAAACACAAAAGAUGAAACGGAAAAAUGAAACGUUUCAUAUCCUUACAUCAAAAAAUAAUACGCAACAUGUCAUAUUUUCAGCAGAAAAAUCAAUUAGAAUACAAACGGACCAAACAAGAUCAACUACUUCUUCAGCACUAACAGAUCACCUUUUUUAUGAUAAUGAAAAAACAAUAGAUGAGGAUGAUUAUUAAAUCUCAUUCCAAAACCAAUUUUAAAACAAAGCAACAAUGAAGGAGCAAUCAUUGAAAAAUGCCAUCUUCUCGCACUACAAAACUUCUCCAGUUGAUACCUCAACCGAACAAUCAAACUCUAGUGAAACAAAUAAGAAUCCAAAAUAUCCAUCUGGUCCACUAAUGGAACAUAGUACACUAAAAUAUUUGUAUCCAGAAUGUUCUAAUAAUGAAAAGCAAAAUGAAGACAUCACGUUACUAUUUUCUGUGUUGGAAGAAAAAUGGUAUGUUGAAGGAGAUGUAGCACCAUUUCCGAAAGAACUAGAACCAUAUAAUAAACCAAUGAACAGCAGUUAUACUCGUCUUAAAGAUCUAAAUACCGAUUCUUAUCCCACCGCUUCCGAAAACUGUGAUCACAAUACACGUAGAAAACAAAAUGAAGUUAUAUCAUAUCCGGAUUAUAUUCCUCAGGAACCAGGCACUACUAUGUAUUUUUCAGUGAAAGAUAAAAAAUGGUACGUAUGCAGCGAUUCGGAUUCAGAAAAUGAUGAUACAGAAGACAAUUUCUAUAGUACCAGUACCACUUGUUCUAGUCACUCUAGCCAUUAUAACACUAAUAGUGAUGAUAGCGUUAACCAUAGUUUGCAGAGAUCAAAAGAAUAUUAUCGUACAUGGUUUAGCGACAAGGGGAAGUUGGAAAAUUCUCUCAAAAAUAAUGAUUCAGAUUAAGAAUUUUAAAAAUUCAUAAAACUCAUCUUAUAACCUCAUAUAUAAAAAGUUGCAAAACUGAUACAGAGUCUUAGAGUCCAGAUUGUGUCUAACAAUCCCAAUGAAAAAUUAGUUUAUUAUGAUAUAUUAUUAUGAUAUUAUAUUAUAAUCAUAUAUUAUUAUGAUUAUGGGUGUGGAAAGUAAUAAAAAAGAGUUAAGUGAUGGCAGCAUUU